AUGGAUUCCCAAAGCAUUCGUGACCUUGAGUCGGAGAAGAAGAUUUGGUCAGGUCAAUGUCGUGUUUCCAGAAUGUGGGUUGGGGUGAAUGUACAUACAAACAAAGUUCUCCAUCUUGACCUCAUUUUGAUGGAUUCAAAGGGCAAUGAUAUCUGGGUACAAAUCCCUCCUGUGUUGAUAGAAAAGUUUAAGACGAUGCUGAAGGAGAACCAUGUUUACAUUAUCAAGAACUUCGAUAUCAAUACAACUGGACUGAAAUAUCGACCUAUUGGGAAUCCAUAUUUGAUACAAUUUAGUAGGAAGACAACUGUUCAUCAUGUUCCUGAAGUUCCUGCAAUUCCAACCUUCAAAUUCAGUUUCCUAAAUGCAAGUCAGAUGGCGGGCAAAUUGGGUCAUGUUGAGAUCCUUUCAGAUGUUGUUGGUCAACUGCGCACACAUUCAGAUGCAAUUACUACUACCAGCCUUACUCGGAAAACUAUGAGGAAAGAGCUCACACUGCAACUGAUUGAGGGUGAUGUUGUCAAAGUAGUUAUUUGGGGAAGAGUUAUUGAACAGUUUGACAAGAUUAUUGAUGCUCAUGGUGAUGAUCAGAAUAUACUGGUUAUUUCAGCUGUUAGUGUGGGUGACUUCAAAGAUGAGUUAUCAUUUUCAUCAUCCGGGUCAACAGUUGUGUAUCGUAACCUCGAUAUUCCAGCUGUCAAAGCUUUUGCUACCGGAUACCGUGUUCAACUUGAAGUCCAAAGUGAUUUGAAGUCAGCAGUAUUUGUACUCUUUGAGUAUGAAGGGAAGCGAUACUUUGGAUUGAGUGGUCAUGAACUAUUCCUGAAAAAUGGGCAGAAUGGUGACUUGCCACCUGAUGAAUUGCUUCAACUGGUAGGUGUGACCAAGAGAUUCCAUGUCAAAUUCAAGAUCAACCUUUUUGCUGAUUCCCAGGCUGAUUUUACUGUGUUGAGAAUACUAGAACCCACCUCAAAGGGAGAAGGUUAUAUGAUUCAUAAAGAUGGAUCAUCUUCUUCUAUUGCGAGUGGGCCUGCAUGUUCUCAACCCUCCUCUGAUCAUUCUGGACAGUCUGGUAUUGGAAAAUCGAUUGAAACACCAGUGGAUUCUGAUGGAACUCCAGACAACAAAUUGAAGAGGAAGAUGCCCCUGGAAUGA